CACCAAAAUCCAUAGAAAAAAAUCACAAAAUCAUAAAUUAUGACAACAUACAUGAGACAACCACUGAUUGCUGGGAAAACGGUAGCUAACCAGUCAUCCCUCAAAGUCGACGAGAGUCGGAGCCGGAACCAAAUUCCUCAGCUAAAAGACGAUGCGACGUCGAACAUUUCAGCUACGCAUCGCAGUAUGGCAAGAAAUAGAGAGCCUUUGUCUUCACCAGCUUCUGAUGAGGCAACAACACAGCCAUGCAGAUGCAGACCAACAGAGCGACAUGCCGUACGUAAUCAGACAGAAACUUAUGCCAAUUUACGACAAAUUCUAGCAGUUGUGGUACCACCAAUUAUGAACAUGAACCCUUAUCGCAAUAUUACAUCAAGCAACCAACCAAACACAAGAGAAACUCUUUAUUCAACCAUGGAAGCAGCUUUCUAUAGAAUCUGGGGCCAUCUUCUACAGUUUCUGCGGUAUCCAGACGGGAGGCAAAGACAACUAUUCGCAUUAGCAAUCGACGUUGUUGUUAUAAUCUACUGCUUCGGUUUUCUACUCCUUGCGAUGUACGAAGCGGCUGUUAUUGGCCAAUAAAAAUAUUUUUUGUCUAAUUUUAUAAAAUUAUUUAAAACUGCA